AUGCUGCUGCCCCCUGGUAACUUCCAGCACGUCGUGCUAGGGGGAACGUUCGAUCGCAUCCAUGCUGGGCACAAGCUCCUCCUCUCUAUGACCUGCGUCUGCGCGAGCGAGCGAGUGCUAAUCGGAGUUUCAACCGGCCCCUUGCUGGAGGGGAAGACGAUGAGGGACGUGAUGCAGCCGUUCGAGCAGCGGCAGGUUCGGCUGCUGCAGCUGCUGCAGUCGCUGCGAGACAGCGUGCGGUAUGAGAUAGUCCCCAUCUCCGACCCCUUCGGCCCCUCCAUCGUUGACGAGCAGCUGCAGUGCAUCGUUGUGUCGAGGGAGACGGAGCGGGGAGGGCACAGCGUGAACAAGCGGAGGGUGGACAGGAAUCUGAACGAGCUCGUGGUGGACGUGGUGGACCUUGUGGGGCCCGAGGAUGCAGAUGAUUCCAACAAGAUGAGCUCGACUAUGCUGAGGAGG